GACAGGAGUGGGGCAAACUGCUUUACAUUCAGAGGUUUAAAGAAAAUCAGCUGAAGUUUCCAGGUGCAGACCCAGGCAGACUGGGAGGUGUUCAGGUUUGUUGUGCCAUCUCUGGCCCAGGCUGCAGCCAUGCCUCUUCUGGAAGAAAAUACACUGCCUCAAGAGCACCUGCCUACUCUACCUGUAGUCAUCAUAGGCAACGGACCAUCAGAAAACUACAGGAGGCCAAACACCUUCCCAUCACCGAACAGGAUUUGGAAUACUUGAGUGAAGGUCUUGAAGGACGAUCAAGAAAUCCUGUGGCUGUGCUAUUUGAUACACUGCUACACCCCAACGCUGACUUUGGGUACGAGUUCCCUCCCGUCAUUCAGUGGAGGAGAGACAAGAAGCAGCACAUCCCGCAUCUGGUUCUGGGGAAAGGAACACCGGGAGGUGCUUGGCAUGCCAUGGAGGGGUCCAUGCUGACUAUUAGUCUUGGCAUCUGGAUGGAGCUUCCAGGGGUCAACUACAGAGACUUGACCAAUGGGAAAUGCAGGGACAUAAGGAGUGACAGAGCCACCCCAGAAGAGAUCUCAUCCUAUUACCAAGACUACGUCAAGCUAAAUGGUCUCCAAAAAAGCUUUGUCGACAACACCUACGUGACCUCUGUUCAGAAACUCUGCCGGGGCCACGAGGUGAAAGGUCUGGAAAACGGGCACACUGAAAAAGGAGACAAAGGGGUGGGAAAUGGUGGGAAUGAGAGAUUUGAAGAAAACGAAAAGGAGUGCGUAAUGAACAGUGAAGGAGGGACUCUCUGGGAAGUGAGGGGG